AUGGAUCUUCUCAGGCAAGAGAUUCUGAAGAAACGGCAGAGUCUGGCCGAGGAUGCUGGUGGUAAGAAGUUCUUCAAGCGAUCCGAUAUCGAGCAGAAGAAAAUCCAGAAGCUUCGAGAGGAAGAACGACGCGAGCUAGAGCUCAAAGCCCAACGGAGAGCCGGCGGAGGUGAAAAAUCCUCCGGUAAUUCAUCUGACGCGGCUGCAAUAGCUGAUUCGAAAUCCCUAACCUACGAGAAGAACAUCGAAACCCUAAUUCUCCCAAGGCAGGAAGUGAUUCGCCGAUUGAGAUUCCUUAAACAGCCGAUGACUCUCUUUGGAGAAGAUGAUCAAUCGCGGCAUGAUCGACUAAAGUACGUGUUGAAUGAAGGAUUUUUUUCGAGGUCGAUAGCGACAUGA